AUGAGUGAGGGAGGGGGGAGUGCUGGGCCUGAUAUAGGCCCUAAUUAUCAAAACUCUGGUCCUACAAGUUAUUCCAACCCUCCUAGUCAACCACCUACACCGAGUUCCACAGUACAAGAUCCACCAAAUUAUCAAAACGCGUCGGAAAUAAGUGAAAAUUCAAAUGAAACAAAAUCAAAUUUGAAUAAUAUUCAUACAAAUUCGGUGGCAAGCGGAUUACCACCGUUUAGUUCUUUUGCUUCUUCCGACGUGACUGAAGGUUUGGGAGGACGUUUAGCUGGAGAUGGAUAUUUAACAUCUGACGGGUUAACGUCAUCAACAAGAGUUAUGGAAUUAUCUGGAUGGGAUUAUUGCUACACUGAUGGUAUAAGUGGAAGAUAUUUGGAUAGGGAUUCAAUGCCAGUUAUGAUUCCGCAACCACAGUAUAGACCCUGGGAAAGUAAGCAAGACGGCUCAGGAGACAGUAUUAAAUCAACGCUGCCAUCCUUUCAGUCUCAAUUCGGGGAAGAACUAGUCACAACAUUAACAACACUCACGCCUGCUGCUUGUUCUCCAGCACCUUCAGUCCCUAGUCCUGGUUUACCCAGUUUUCACACUUUAUCUGCGGUUAACCCUAGGUAUCCACUUGUACCUGCUCCCGUUCAAGCCCGUGAAAUACCAUCUAUUCAGCAGCAAUUUUUAGACGAGCGUCACAUUCAUUUGUUUCAAGGGCCUCCGGGUCAAAAUUUUACAUUGCAACCUCAAAAUGGCAUAAAUGGUCAAACUUUAACGAGUUUAAACAACGGGACGACGUUGACGACAUUAAAUAAUGCUCAAUAUCAUCCACAAAUAAUAAACAAUGCACAAAUCUUGCCUUCCGGACAAAUUCUGACGCCUCAAAGUCAUAUUCUAACUCCUAGCUCACAAAUAAUCACAAGCAAUGGUCACAUAAUAACCUCUUCAGGUGGUCAGGGACUUACGGUGGUCAGUCAAAAUUCGACUCCCACCGUAUUGACCGUUGUCAAAACGGAACCAGUAAAUAUAGUUGAACUUAAAACAAGUUCAACGGAACCUUCAAAUUUAGCUCAUCAUCAUCCGAAUUUUCAAAAUCCAAUGAUUACGCAAGGUCAGCAAAUGGAUUCGAAAUUUGGUUUAGAAAGUCCACCCAGAGGCGUGGAUGGGAGGAAAAAAGAACGUCGGAAAAUUCGAGCGUCAAGUUUAGAAAGUUCCAAUGAAAGUGAUGGAGCCUUGAGCGUGGAAUCUAGCGGCCAGGUAGCAGCAGUUUCAAGCACUGCCGGCUUUAAAAGUCCAAUGACUCCAGGCCAAAUGAACAACGAAGACACCGGUGAAAAACAAACGAAGAAAAAGAGAAAAAGAUGUGGAGAAUGUAUUGGCUGUCAAAGAAAAGAUAAUUGUGGAGAUUGUGCUCCUUGCAGAAAUGACAAAAGUCAUCAGAUUUGUAAGAUGAGGCGGUGCGAAAAACUCACUGAAAAAAAGGUAGGACCUUUUAUUUUAUCCAAAACUAAAUUUUUUUUUUCAGGCGCGAAAAUAAUUUUUUACUCAACGAAACUCUGGAUAAAGUAA